AUGCUCUCCUUUUCCUCCCCCCUCCACCUGAGUGUCCUGCUCUUUCUGUCGUCCUCUGUCCUCUCCUGUGGCGUUGGGAACUACAGCCAGUGCCACACCGCCCCCUUCGUCCCGGGACAUAACCUGGUGGGGGAGGGCUUCGAUGUGGUCACCCUGCAGCGUAAAGGAGCCUACAUGAUCGACGUGAAGACCUACAUGACCCCCGCUGGCACCUGUACGCUCUGCUCCAACCCCCUUCAGGGCCACCAGCUGCAGAAACUGCCGGUCUCUGCAGUGGACUGGCGAGCGUUCAGCCGGUGUAACGCUGACCUCUACAGCAGCUCACACACCGACGUCAGCUCACUGGUUCACACGUACACCUCACAGGACAGUAACGACUGGAAGGUUGGCCUUAAUGUCGACAAGUUUGUGACUGCGGGGCUGGAGGUGGGAGGAACCAAGUCCUCAGUGUAUAAGUUCUCUUCAGAAAGAACCAGAGAGGACCGCUACUCCUUCAGCACCCACAGGAUCACCUGCAGCCACUAUGGUUACCGUGUGUCCCUCAGACCGCCCCUCAGCUCUGAGUUCAGUAAAGACUUGGAGAGGCUGCCGAGUUCCUACAACUCCUACACCAGGACUCAGUUCAGUGAUCUCAUACACACCUACGGCACUCACUACAUCCGCCAGGUUUACCUCGGGGGGCGACUCAGGCGAGUCACAGCUUCACGGACCUGUUUGUCCACUCUGAACGGACUCACCUCAAAUGAGGUCCACUCCUGCCUCUCAGUAGGAGUCUCUGUGGGUCUGGGGAAGGUCAGUUUAUCAGCCAGCCAUAAAUCGUGCAGCAACGUGCUCGAGAACAAGGACGUCUCCACCUCAUUCAGCUCCGGCCUCCACCAACACUACACAGAGGUGAUGGGAGGCUCCGGUUGGUUGGGGGACUUUUCUCUCUCCCGUAACGACUCCCUGGGCUACGUGAACUGGCUGAACUCCCUCAAGGAGCACCCGGACGUGGUCUCAUACUCCCUGAGGCCGAUGUACGAGCUGAUGCCCCUGGAGAGGGCGGGGAUGAAGGCCGCCAUAGAGCAGUAUUUAGAGGACAAUGCUGUGAAUAAGUCCUCCAUAGUAACCAACUGUGGGGGGGGCACACCUAACCUGGCCCCCAACUGCUGUCCUCAAAAGGCCUCGAGGGGAAAGCUGGAGGUGACCAUCAUUCGAGGCUGGAACCUGAAAGGGGAUCUGACCGGCAGGACGGAGAGCUAUGCUAAUAUGUUCUACGGAUCCUUCCACUACAGGACUCACAUGAUCCGGUCAAACGACCCCUGGUGGAACUCUUAUUAUAACCUGGGCAAGGUGGACACACAUGGGGGUUUGAGGGUCGAGGUCUGGGACGAGGAUUUAAACUUUGACGACCAUCUGGGAUCAUGUGUGGUGUACCUGAGACAGGGGACACACAGGCACUCCUGUCCGGCCAAAAAAGGGGGCUUCGAGUUCCAGUACACCCUGACCUGCGACCCUCACCUGACCGGAGACAGGUGCAACCGCUACAAACCGUCUCCAAAGUGAGGAAGGAAGUAUGGGGCUUCACUAUUCAGAAAUUCUGCUUGUUUACCUUUUCAAUUCAAACUGAAAUCACAUUUAGUCAUCCAUUUUAAAGUCAAAAUGAAUGUCAUUGUGUCUAAAUUUAAAUGGAGACUAAAAGAAAAAAGGCUGAUAAUAAUAAUAUUUGUAUACAAUGGAAGAAGUGCAUCAUUCUAAUAAAAAGAGCUGUGUCUUACUUUCCAGACUAGUAAUACUAAUAUCUGGUUUGGAUUAGGAAUCAACAUGUCUGACUUUUCAACAAAGAAUGCUGAAUUGUUUUCAAAAUAUUUCAUAUUAAAUGAA